GGAAGAGGGGGCGGAGUCGGGGUCGGCUAAGCGAGACAAAUAAACAUGGAGUCUAUAUUUCACGAGAAACAAGAGGGCUCGUUGUGUGCCCAGCACUGUCUCAAUAACCUGCUGCAGGGAGAGUAUUUCAGCCCCGUGGAGUUAUCCUCCAUCGCGAUGCAGCUGGACGAGCAGGAGAGGAUGAGGAUGGCCGAGGGAGGCUUAACGAGCGAGGAAUACCGGACGUUCAUGCAGCAACCCUCUGGCAACAUGGACGACAGCGGGUUCUUCUCCAUCCAGGUUAUAAGUGACGCCCUGAGAGUCUGGGGCUUGGAGCUCAUUCUGUUCAACAGCCCUGAGUAUCAGAACCUUGGGAUCGACCCUAUAAACGAAAGGGCGUUCAUCUGCAAUUAUAAAGAGCACUGGUUCACGGUGCGGAAGUUGGGGAAACAGUGGUUUAACUUGAAUUCUCUCUUGACGGGACCGGAAUUGAUCUCGGACACAUACCUCGCACUCUUCCUAGCGCAGUUACAGCAGGAAGCAGGAGAAACGGGCCGACGGGGGCCGAAUGGGACUGGCUUGCCGGCGGAUUCUAUGUUUAGCUCUGUUCCGUCUGUGCCAGGUUAUUCCAUAUUUGUGGUUAAGGGAGACCUGCCUGACUGCGAGGCCGACCAGCUUCUCCAGAUGGUCCAAGUUCAGCAGUUCCAGCGACCCAGACUGAUAGGCGAGGACUCGGCGGCCAGAGAGCAGCGGCUGGAGACGAGCGAGACGGCCAUGGAGGAGGACACCUUGUUUGAGAGACCCGUCCCGAUGGACGAGGACGAGGAGAACCUGCAGAAAGCCCUCGCCCUCAGCCGUCAGCAGAUCGACAUGGAGGACGAAGAGGCGGAUUUACGCCGGGCGAUUCAGCUCAGCAUGCAAGGCGGACAUCAAAGUGACUUCACCGAGUCCGGGUCGGCCGCUGUUCCCCAAUCAUCCGAGCCUGGAUCGCUCACGUCCGAAGAGCUGCGGCGGCGGAGGCAGAUGUACUUCGAGAAGCAGCAGCAGAACAACAACAACAAGUCGGGACAGCCGUCCUCGGAGGCGAACGCGGACACCCGUAACGCGCUAACAAAUGACACGGGCGCAGGUAUGAGUGACGACGACGUGCUGAGGGCCGCCACGAAAAUGUCUCUGGAUGUAGGUGUGAGCGGCGCCAACGCCUCCGAGAAAUGACAGCGUCUGCGACGCGCUCCCCCCGUGUGUCCC